GAAAACUGUCUCUCUGGUACCGGUUCUGCUUCUCUCUGGCCCGAAAUCCCUCCGGGACCCCUACGUGUUGUUAGACUGCAACUCCCACACCCAAAUGCCGUCUCACAGGAGCCGCCGGGAGUUCCUGCCUAAGUGACAGUUGGGGGGGGCGGUGUUGUUUACAUUUACAUUAUCUGCCCCCAAAUAGGGAGGGCUUCCCGCAUUGCCCCUUCCUUCCCCUCUGCCACCAGCCUUGGUUGCUAGCAUCGCUCACCCUAGCAACCAGUAACUACAAGGGCAAUUCCUCCAUUCACAAUGGAACAUCACUUGCAUUUAUGACUCUCGGAUUCACAAGGAAAUGUAUCUGCUGCCAUUAAUUAUCAACCCGGGGUAAUUAGCCGGUGACGUCAAUCCGGGCGCGGACUCUGAACCCCACGGGAACUUAUAGGGGAACCAGAGAGAGACUUUCCCAUUCGCUGUCGCCAUGAAGCCUCACCUGCUGGUCUGUGCGCUGCUCCUGAGCCUCUUGGCCCAGACUGAAUCUGAAUCAACCACAGCCGAGUCAGGAACGUCAACUGUGACCGGUGCAACAACCGAGAGUGUGAGUGACCCGACCACCAUAGCAACCGAGCCGAGUACCAUAGCAACCGAGUCGACUAUCAAAGCAACCGAGCCGAGUACCAUAGCAACUGAGUCGACUAUCAAAGCAACCGAGUCGACUAUCAAUGCAACUGAGUCGACUGUCAAUGCAACCGAGUCGACUGUCAAUGCAACCGAGUCGACUGUCAAUGCAACAAGGGAUCCAUCUAAUGUGACUGAGCCAAGUUACAAUGUAACGACACCGGCUGAAACAAAUGUCACCGGAGGAGGGGCUGGUUCGACCGCUAAACCCGAGCUCACCGGCACCACAACUGCCCCCCCAGCCCCAGAUAAGAAGACAUGCAGUGCAACCAGCUGUGGGAAAUCCUUUGCUACCUGCAUCCAACUCUACAACUCCUUCGUCUGUCAGUGUCCCCUGAAUUAUUACUUUAAUGAAACUGAAUUAAUCUGCAUCCAAGGAGACGCUUUCUAUGGGAACCUUGAGCUCAGCGCCGAGGCUUUUAACCCCAAGAAGGACUCACCAGGAUACACUGCUGUUUACAAUCAAGUACUGACACACUUUAGGGACUGCUUUAAAAAUAACACCAAUUAUUCAGACACCAUCAUAACGGACAUCAGCGCCCCGAAGCCCAAAGUGCAGAGCAGAAGCAGCCGGAACUCGGUGCCGGUGUCGGUGAGAUGUUUCCAUGUGUUUGUGCCGAAGGCGGUGACUGAGAAGGAGGUGCUGGAGGCAAUAAAUACAUAUAAUAAUGGAACUAAUUUGCUUGGGACGUAUUCCUCAAAAUCUGUCUGCGACGGUUUCUACUGUGACGCUGAGACGACAACUUGCACCCAAACUGAUUCCAAACCCCCGUGUGUACGUGCAAAGCAGGAUUCUACCCUUCCUCCUCCUCACAGCCGACCUACACGUCCUGCAGAGGCUGUGACCCCAUCUGUGGGAAUUUCCCCGGAGAGCAAUGUACACAGACGGGGCCCUCAGGCCUCCCCGAGUGUCGGUGCCUCGCGGGUUAUAAGAAAACCGCUUCUGGUUCUUGUGAAAAGUGCCAGUUUGGUUACUCGGGGGAGGGCUGUACAGACAAUUUCCUGCUGAUCCUGGUGAUCGUUGGAUCCGUCGCGGGAGCCGCUGUCAUUGCUCUGCUUGGAGCUGUCAUUGGCCUCUCUGUCAAGUCGAGCAGGAGGAACAGUGAUAACGAACGGACCCAGUUGAUCACCAAGGAGAACACAGACAGUCCGGUCACUGGGAGUCUCUUCCCCAAAGUUCAGGCCAGAACGGACCUGGGAUUUGUGAACAGAGGGUCCAACUCAUACGAAAUAACCGAGGAAUUCCCAAGGCCGACCCCGAAACCUGACUACGAUGAUGAUCCCUGGUAUGAGAUGUCCAACAGGGAGAGAAGGUACUGAGACCGGCGCCGGCACAACUGGACUCUAUCAGAACCCCUACUUUCCCUUUAUCCCAGCGCCCCCUGCAGGCAGGUCCAGCAACUGCCCCUCCCCUGUAGCCGGUGGGAUGGGGCGGCUGGGAGCGCUGCUUAGCAGACAGGGCCCUGUGGGGACCCAAACUGUCAGUUUCGCUGGAUCUCGGGAUCCAUUUCUAUGGGAAACCGACUUAUUUUUAUAACUAAUUUAUUUUUGUACCAAAUAAUAAAAUGAAUCAGUGAUUCGCCGCGACGUUUCCUGCGCAAGGAAUAAAUAAUAUAAUAAUUCUAUAUAUACCGUAAGGGUCUGCGUAUCCGCCGGCCGCUGAUUGGCUCUGGGGGGGGUCACAAUCAUUUGUGUCAAAUCUACAAAAUGUAAGAAAAAUAGACAUUUGGGAAAUGUGACCUUGUUAUUGUUGCUAUGGCGAUGGCCGCCCCCAGUUAUAAAGGGUAACUGUUAUUGAAAUAAAAAAUAAAUCAAAAAAGGUUUUUGUGCUGCUGCAAAUGGCGCUCACUCAGGCUCCGCCCCCUGACGGGUCGUCUGUGUGUUAUGGGAAAAAAAUAAUAAAUGAUAAAUAAUUUAUAAAUAAUAAAUUCUACUGUGAAACCGA